CAUAACACCGGAAGCAGCGCCUCGCUCCAGGACGAACCUCUGCGGUCCGUGUUCUGGGAAUCUCUUCACGUUUGUCUGUUUUUCUUUAAACCAUAAAGGUUGAUUCAGAUUUCUUUUUGGACUGACGGGAUAAAGCUGCGGAGAUGGGGGGAGGCGACCUGAACCUGAAGAAGAGCUGGCAUCCCCAGACCAUGAAGAACAUCGAGCGGGUCUGGAAGGCCGAGCAGAAAUAUGAAGCUGAGCGCAAGAAGAUCGAGGAGCUCCAGAAAGAGCUGAAAGAGGAGCGAGCUCGAGAGGAGAUGACCAGAUACGCCGAGGAAAGCGGGACCAUGAAGAAGAAGGACGACCGUCUGGACUGGAUGUACCAGGGCCCCGCCGGCCAGGUGUCCCGGGACGAGUACCUGAUGGGGCGCCCCAUCGACAAGCAGAUCACCGAUCAGUACGAGGAGCCGGAGAGCGGCCCCUCGGCGGAGACCGGCCUCCUGCCCGGCUCCAUCUUCAACCCCGCCACCGCCGCCUCCAGCCUGGACAUGGCCGCCAAGAUCAGAGAGGACCCGCUGUUUGAAAUCAGAAAACGCGAGGAGGAGAAGAAAAGAGAAGUGUUGACUAAUCCGGUGAAGAUGAAGAAAAUUAAAGAAAUGCUCCGUCAAAAUCUGGACAAGAAAGACAAGAAGAAGAAAAGGAAGAAGGAGAAGAAAGAGCGGGAGAGGAGGAAGGAGAAGAAGCACCGGAGGAGGAGUUCAAGCUCCAGCUCAGAUGAAGACGAUGAGAAGAAGAGGAGGAAGAGGAAGAGCUCUCACUCCAGAGACCACUCGGCAGACUCCAGAUCUCACUCCCAUCUUCUCCCGGGCUACGGCCUCCAGCUUCCUGCUGGGAGAAACCAUCAGCCGUCAGGCCGGCGGGAGCGCAGUCAGUCCCGGUCCCCCCACAGGGAGCCGCACAACGGCCGGUCCCACUGCCCCCCCUCGUACAAGAAGCCCGACGCUCGAACCGGGAGCCCGCAGAGGGAGCGCUACGUCCGGCAGAGGAACCACGUGUCCAAGAAGCUGUCUGCAGACGAGCUGGAGCGGAAGAGGCGCGAGAUGAUGGAGGGGGCCAAGCAGAGGGAGGAGGACCGCGAGAACAACGUGAAGAGAUACAAGCGGCAGGACGAGCAGGAGAAGCUGAGGGAGCAGAGCGCCAAGCAGGAGCGCCACGCCGGCUUCAUUCACGACAUGAAGCUGCAGAGCGCUGCCAGCUCCUCGUUGGAGGAUCGAGUGAAGAGGAACAUCCACUCCAUUCAGCGGACGCCGGCCUCUCUGGACAACUUCAUGAAGAGAUGAAGGCUGACGUGAGCGCCGACCGCAGCCGGACACACAUUCCUCCGUCCUUCACAUUCAGAAGAGCCGACUCCCCUUUUCUAUCUGACAGGACCGGGCCUGCUUCAGCUCACGUCGGCGUCAGAACCAGCAGGGAAUGUCUUUUACUCUACUGUAUUCACCCUCCUGGGAAACGUGGCGGUGUUUCCUGUUACAUAAAGCAAUACUCGGAUGAAUGGAGACGGAAUAUCUGGAGCUCAGGACCUCAGACUCACUUCAUGACUCGACUCGUUUGACGUCUUUUAAAACGGUCCAGCAGUGUAAAAAAUGUAAAUAAAACCGAGAUUAUUAGU